AUGGAUAUAGUGACUGAAUAUUCACAUGCCUUUACUAACAUCGCAUUGAACAAGCCAGCAAUCCAAUCAUCAACCUUCACACAGGCAUGCAAAGGAGUGUCUGGCUCAGCUUGGAAAGCUGUCGACGGAAUCCGGAAUCCUGUGUAUUGCGACGGCUACUGUUCUCGUACGGGAUUCGAUGAUACGUUUCCAUGGUGGCAGGUUGAUCUGGGGUCGAAGUAUUCCAUCACUCAUGUAGAAAUUCUCAACAGGGCUCUAUUUCCUGAACGACUGGCGGGUUUUCAGAUAGAAGUCUCUAUGAGGAACGACACUGAUCCGAACGGUGAGCUAAGAGACGCUGUGUCAUGUUUCAAAGACACCGGACUACAACUCAUUGCUGGUGACCUGAUUAACGUGGCAUGUGCUGAGCAGGUUGAGGGCCGGUACUUACGGAUAUCAAACAGAAAAUCACCAGAUCUCACUCUCUGUGAAGUUCUUGUUGAAGGCCGAAAACAAGAGAAUGCAAAAAUGCGAUGGCAGAGGAGCUAA